UGGAAAUUAGACUACUUGGUUCAACCGUUCACGAGCGCCAUCCUCGAUACCCACGUGAAUGUGUUUCUUAAUGCGUCAAAGCCUGCCAUGGCAACUUCGUACUAUUCCACCUUCAAGUUGUUGCAAGACGCUGACUCGGAGAGAGACCGAGACACGAUGUCCCAUUAUACCAGUCCUCCUCCUCCGUAUCAGCAACAUGCUUCAAAGCCACAAACGUUCCAUCCUCACUCACAUGGACAUGGCUAUGGCCGCCAGCCCUCGAUUCACAUUGUGGUACCAACGAGCCCUAUUUCUCGGACCGUCAUUCAUUCCAGGUACAAUGAAAAUGACCAUCUCCUUUCGGGAGGAAGACGUCGACGAAACAAUGGCCCAGGGUGUUGCUUCUUCACUGUCAUAAUUCUCGGAGCUGUACUCAUUUUUGCGGUGUUUUCCAUCGUUCAAUUCGUCUUGUCUAUGCCCAUCAACAAGGCUGUUUGGACAAAUCUUGAAUCUCGUUCGUGCACAACUUAUGCAACAAGGGAGUACUUGGCGAAAAUCAACGUUUCCACUUGGAACCGUCAUUGGAUGGACACCUGCAUGACUACUCCGCUGUUUGUCCAUGACCACCCGAACUGGCCCUUCAGAUGCGAAGAUCGCUCAGGUACAGUGGUUGGACAUUUCGCCAUCAACUAUGACGAACCAGACUGCGUCACCUACUGGAGCAGAUAUAAAGAUCGGGGAUGUACCGCUAAAGGCUCGAAGACGAGGCGCAUUGAACAACAUCUCAUGAACGUGCCAAAACAUGCAGACUAUAAGGAGUUCUGUGCAACAACGCCUGCUCGCUUCCUAGGCCAGGAAUUCUCUGGUGCAGAAUCGUGCGUGCAUAGCAUCUGGGGUGUCUAUGGGCAAUGGUUCAUCGAUGACCCUCGUUGUUGAAGUGAUCAAAGAUCAUGCUUUCUUAUACCUAGCAAUAUCCACUUUUACUUGCAUUUCUUGUCCCAGCAUUCGUGUACUAUUAACUGAUGCAAAAUGUGUACCCACCCCCAUGGCAGAUUGCGUGUUUUAGAACGGAGCGAC